AUGGAGGAGGAGGAGGGUGAGAUUCCUUCUGAGAUUGAAGGGGAAACUGUAGUCGCGGCUGGUGAUAUUCUUAGGGUGUGUGACAACAAGGUUGCAGGGGAAAUGCAAAGUAAUGGGGCUGAAGCAUUGAAUGCAGAAGCUCCAGUAGAGAGUCAUCGACCAACACUCACGCGAGCUGCCAAGUCUGCUCAUAGAUACCUUGCUACUCCAGCUGAUCCAAGACUAAAUCCAGUUGUAAGAGAUUGGGUUAAGGGAAAUGGAUUUGGAUUUGGCUGCAUUUUGGAGACUCGUGUGACAGAAUGUAAGAGCCAAAAGAUUGUUUCUUCUGUGUUCCCGGGCUGGUCGUUUGUCUCCAAUUAUGAAUACAAUCGGCUAGGCCGGAUUUGGUUUGUGUGGAGUAAAGAUGUGAAGGUAGAGGAGCAGGAUGAAGAAAUUGUUUGUAGUGCUGUCUAUGCGUUUAACCUGGAAUCAGAGAGGGCGAGUUUGUGGAAAGAAAUUCAGGGUCUGCACUCUGCAGUAUGUAAGAAUAAGAGGUGGGUGAUUUGUGGGGAUUUCAAUGAGGUGUUAGCCAGUGAGGACCACUCCCUGGGCUGUGCGUCUGCUACAGAUACGACGGGAUCAAGAGAUUUUCGUGAAACAAUCAGGCAAUGCAACUUGAUAGACAUGGGUUACCAUGGUCCAUGGUUCACAUGGUGCAAUAAGAGGCAAGAGGGACUGAUACACAAAAAACUGGAUCGAGUUUUAGUCAAUGAAGUGUGGCUUCUCAACCACCCCUAUUCAUACUCCGUUUUCGAAGCAGGGGGUAUCUCGGAUCAUCUUCGAGGGAGAUUUUAUUUGUCUUGCAAAGAACAGAGGAUCAAGAGGCCUUUUAGAUUUCUCAACGCUCUUACAAAGAUGCCAGAAUUCUUGCCAGCGAUGGAGGAGUACUGGGGGAAUUCGCAAGCCCUGUUUGGCGACUUAUCUAAGCGAACAAAAGAAGCCUUUGACGAUCUUUGCGUAAAACAAGAGGAUAAUGCAGUGAAUCCCACUUCGGAGGGUUUAGCAGAGGAAUCCGCUGCGUUGUCGAAAUGGGAACACUUAUAUGAGUUGGAAGAAGCUUAUCUCAAGCAAAAAUCUAAACUGCACUGGAUGAAUGUUGGAGACAAGAGUAAUAAGAUCUUUUUUCGUGCAGUGUGCAUUAGAGAAUCCCAAAACCUGAUUAAGGAGAUCAUUGAUAAAGAUGGAGCAAAUUUAAAAGAACCAGCAGAUAUCAAAGCAGAGGCUUUAAUAAGGGAUGUUUCCGAAGCAGAGGUUAGGCAGGUGUUAUUCAAAAUGCCAAACAACAAGUCGCCGGGGCGAGAUGGAUUCACAACGGAGUUCUUCAAGAGUUCUUGGAGUAUCGUGGGGAAUGAUGUAGUGAUCGCGGUCAAAUCCUUCUUUAGAUUGGGGUUUUUGCCAAAGGGAGAUUAUCAUAAAAGCACUGGUCCGCCUCGCUGCUCUAUGAUGAUUGAUAUUGCUAAGGUGUUUGACUCGGCAGCUGCGGAAAAUCGUUUUGGUUAUCAUACGAGAUGCUCCACUCUGAAACUAACACAUUUGUGCUUUGCAGGCGAUAUCAUGGUUUUUUUGGAUGGGAAGGAGAGAUCAGUGGAAGGGAUUGUUGAUGUUUUUGAGCGGUUCGCAAGGUUUUCGGGAUUGCGCAUAAGUCUGGAGAAGUCUACAAUUUUCAUGUCUGGUGUACCUGAAACCACCUGUGCCUCUAUUAUCAAUCAUUUCCAAUUUGGUUUGGGAGAGCUGCCAGUUCGAUAUCUUGGGUUACCUUUGAUGACGAAAAAGAUGACUCGAGCUGAUUACGCACCGUUGGUUGAGAGGAUUAGACGUUGUUUUGGUUCUUGGACGGUGCGGCAUAUAUCAUUUGCGGGAAGAUUACAGUUGCUCGUCUCUGUUAUAUCGGGUUUAACGAACUUCUGGAUGAGUGCUUUUUACCUUCCGCGGAGCUGCAUCAAGGAGGUGGAAUCGCUAUGCAGUGCAUUCCUUUGGUCGGGUCCUACGCUCAGUCAUCGGAAAGCAAAGGUCUGUUGGGUUGAUGUGUGCAAACCGAAAAUUGAAGGGGGACUGGGUCUUAGAUCUUUGUGUGAGGUUAAUACAGCCUCAUGGAUUUGGAAGCGAAUGCUUAAAAUGAGGGAUUUGGCUAAAGAUUUUCACGCUAUAGAGGUUAACAACGGUGAGACAACGGCGUUUUGGCACGAUAACUGGUGCUCCAUGGGUCGACUAACCGAUGCUGUAGGGAUGCAGGGCUGCCUUCGUUUUGGUGUUCCAUCGCAGUCAACUUUGGCUGAUGUUUGGAGGAUACAUCGAUGGAAACGUCACCGUACCAUCAUUUUGAACCAGAUAGAAGAUGAGGUUGCAGAGUCUAAGGCUAAAAGGAAACUGCGAGAGGAUCAAGCUCUCUGGCGUGGAAGAAAGGAUGCCUACUCUUCUCGGUUUAUCUCCAAACAUACCUGGAAUAACAUCAGAGUAGAGGGAACUAGGAAGGCUUGGAGCUAUCUCGUAUGGUUCCAAAAUGCCACACCGAAAUUCGCAUUCAUCACCUGGUUAGCAAUGCGAAAUCGACUAUCUACUGGGGAGUGUAAGGUACAGUGGGGUCAAGGAAUAUCAUCUGCUUGUAUCUUUUGUGGGGAUCCGAUGGAAACCAUACCACACCUUUUUUUCGAUUGCGAUUACUCGAAGCUGAUCUGGAGCAAGCUGGUGCAGGGAUUACUUCACAGGAACUAUACAUAUGUCUGGACAGAUUUAGUGAAUUUGCUUGUUUUGAGGAAUCUCAGUCGUACAGAGCUGUUUCUUGCGAGAUAUACAUUCCAAGCACCGCUGACCUUCAUAUGGCGAGAGAGGAAUGCACGACGCCAUGGAGGAAUUCCGACUCCUGCUGCAGUUUUAAUCUCCAAGCUAGAUAGAGUAAUCAGAAAUCGCCUGAGCUCCCUGCAUAUGGAAGGCGACUACAGAUAUAGAGAUGGUCUCGAGCUCUGGUUUGGAUCGAGACUACCGCCAUAA